AUGCUUCGUACUAUCUACGACAUCAAUCCGGCUCGUCUGAAUUCCAUCAUGCCCACCCUACAGCGGAUGGAGGACGAUCCCUCGUUCCUUGAAUACCGAGAGCGUCGUUUCGAACAAGAUGAACCUCCGCCACCUUAUUCAUCGCGCAGCACCACGAGAGAAUCAAGCCCUGAGUUACUCCCUCAAACCCAGGGCGAUAUCGACCUUGAAGAACUUGUUCGCAAGCCGUUAAGUGAUCAUGAGAUCAACGUGAUCCGAGGAAAGUUGGUUGGGCGCUACUACCCACGCGAGCGAUACGACAACGAAGUAUCGCAGGAGUGGCAGCGGAUCGAUGCAGCACGUUGGAGACGGAAUGGAGAUCAUGUCCCGGAUCGUGGAGCGGACCUAGAUUGGCGCGCGGAACAUCUGCGGCAAAAUAUUAUAAUCCGACACAACAUCAAAAAGCGAUGGGAAAAGCUAGGUGUAUGGAACCCAGAAUGGGGGAUACCAACCGGCACCACGUGCUAUAGAGGCAUUCAAGCUUUUCGUAACAACGACGGCCCUGAUACCUGGGAGUGGCAACGGAAAUGGCGAGGCACAGAACGAAAGUUUACGGGCCUACCAUACGAGGAAAAAAUGGCCAGCUGGCCUUCGCAAGAUGAGGAAAGCCCAUAUGAGCGAGCGAUUCGAGUGUAUCUGAAAGGGCAAGGUCGCUGGAGCGAGACGCUUAAGCUACAGUCAUCAGAGGCUCCAAACAAGUACGACACCGACGUGGUGGAUCAUCGUGAGUCUCUAAUCACGACACGACCUUGGUUCGUGUGGGCACUGGAGGUCGCAGAGGAAGAGGUGAGACUGCAGCGCAACCCAAAUCAGUCGAUGAUCGAAGCCUAUAAACCGGCACGGGUGAAUGUACAAGCUCGAUGGAAAGAGAAGGGCUACUGGAAAGACAGCUGGAGUAACGUUAUGCCGCCUGGCUGGAGCGGUGGUUGGAGAGACAUGCCGGGGUGGAAAUGGAGACACGAGUCCUCAUCACCAGAACCUGCGGAUCCGAAUGACAUGGAGUUCACCCCGUCCGAGGUUGAUGCGCUAGAAGCGAUACGCCCUGCUACGCCGUCGCCGCCACCAGAGCCGUCGUCCCUAGAGCACCGUGUUCCAACUGGUAGGUCAAUUUUCGACCCUGACUACGAACCCGACCCACAACCAUCUACAUCUACAGAGCAUAUCCCAAAGCCUCAAGCUGGCGGUGAUGGUGACCAUGCGGAUAACAGACCAGAGACUAUGGCUGGUGACAUUGGUAAUGAACCACCGCAGAGCCUGGUGGAGAUUGAUGUCCGUAUGGCUCCUCGUGCAGAACGUGAGACGCAACGUCUACUACGGUCGAAUACGCGCCCCUCUCGUUCGACUGCACGGUUCGAUAUGCCCUCUCCAGCUCCUCAGAAAACCAGGCAAAGGCAGAGGGUGUCUCGAGCUCCAACUAAGUCUUCAAAAAUCUCCAAACCGACUCCGCCCCGUCGCAGUCUCAGGAUUGCAGAAAGAGAGGCGCGGUUGAAGGGUGCUGAUGUGCCUUCUGAAGCCGUUGAAAAUCUAAACAAAGACAGGGUAAUGAAGCAGCCACAGCGAGACCAGCAAGUACAAGAGACCUUGGCGAGAACGAAAAGCAGGAAGAAUGGACCCCUCAAAAAGGGACAUCUGCCAAAACCGUCGAAACCGCAGGGUGUCGCAAAGCGAAGAGGCCGUCGAAGACAUCUGGAUGGUUGA